AUGGUGAUGAAGAAAAGGAAGACGAAAGUGACUCAAUUGGGGCGACGAAGUAACACACGAAAAAUGGUGACGAAGAAACGCAGGCGGAAAAGAAACAUCGAGGAUAUAGAGAAUGUUGAGUUGCAGUCGAUACCUUCCACUUCAUCUUUACAGUCUCUAAAUUCAUCGUCAAAAGGAUUAGUGACUAUGCAGAAUAACAGUAAUGGUGAUGAUGUAAUUGGAGACAAUUAUUUUUCUUUUUCUGAGCUUCCUUUGAAUGUGCAGAAGAAAAUUUUGUCUUAUUUGCCUUUGAAAUGUCGUGUACGUUUGGAGCGUGUAUCGAUGACAUGGAAAAGAUUGUUAAACAUAUCAUGGCAGAACAUCACUUUCGCGGACAUCCCAUCGACCGUAACGAAUUCUUUUCAAAUCCGGCCAAUUGAUGACCAUCAUGUUUGUGGCUUCUUACAGAAAUGCGGACGUUAUUUACGCCACAUUGAUUUCUUUAUUCCUCAUGUUAAUAUCGGCAGACAUGUAUUGUUCAGCAUCUGUCAGAGAUGUGUAAACUUGCGCGAAUUACGUUUGAUAACGGAUGUAAAUGGCUGUGCAAUGACAAAUCUGCUCAAAGAGUAUAGCCAUCAGUUGGCCCAACUCCAGUCUCUCAGUAUUAGUUACCAGGCUCAAGAUGAACUCUAUAAUGGGAUGCGUGCUGUGGCACGUUCAAUGACAGAAUUACGUUCUUUUCGUUUGGAUUGUUAUACAAUGCCUGCAAAUGUAUCCGCUUUAUUUCCCAAUAGUCCUCAUAUGAGGAUCUAUUCGCUUUUAUUGAAACAGCCAGCUAAUGUUGGUAUCAGCAGUAGUUCAUCAAUUGGAGGAUCUGCUCUGCAGUAUGAAUGUAAAUAUGUUCGUCCUGAAUUUGUAAUUGACUUCUUUGCUUAUUUGGGGGAUGUGUAUCUCGAGCUUGAACAACUUGAUAUCUCAUUUGAUACCAAUUAUCCAGUAAAUGAAGAGAAAAUAUAUCAUAAUUUACGUAUGAUCGGAACAACGCGUGCAUUAAAACGUUUGAACUUGCGAAUUGCUGCGCUGCUGGAUAACAAUACGGAAUGGUUUGGAACGCGAGCCUUACAAGCGCUUGCCUAUUUUUCGACGCUGACGCACCUAUCGCUAUGGACGUGUGCUCUACCAUUUGAUUUACCGCAGAUAUUGGCGAAAUCACCGUUAGCGAAUAACUUGACAAUGCUUCGGUUAGCCAUUGUUCGCAAUCUUUCAAACAAUAUGUUAUGCGCCAUAUUUCGUGCAUUACCAUCGCUCACUUCAUUUACCUUGAUAUAUAGCGUUGAUGGACGUUUCAUAUGUCCAGCUUGCAUUGAUGUGCUGACUUUUGUGCAGUUAUUUCAGUGUUGUCCUAAGAUAAGCGAACUGGAGCUGCAUGAUUGUGUUACAGUGGAUACUACACGCUUGGUUAUAGCUGCUCAUUCGCAUUUUCAUAAUUCAAGCACUUCCUUAGGAAAUGAUGAUCGUCUAAAAAUAGUGGUCAAAACAAGAGAGCGUAAACGACGCCGUGACUCAUCAAGUAGAUUGUUGCGUUGUUGUACAGAGAUUGAAAGCACGCAAAAUACGACGAUUAUCAAUAUCUACAAAACAUGCUGUCAUCCGAAAAAGUCAUCUCCUGAUCAUCGAUAA